AUGUCUUCUUUCUCCGCUCCUUCAUUCUAUCCAUCGCCAUCAAAGGCGGCCUUGCAGCUACAGUAUGUUGGCAAGAAUCUCAAGGAGAUCCCAACUCCUGCGGCGGUCCUAGAUCUCGCUCCAAUCAAAAGGAAUUGUAAGGCAAUGCUGGAAGCAACCAAAGCUCUGAAACUUGGCUUUCGUGCACACGUCAAGACUCAUAAAACCAAUGAGCUCGCCCGUUACCAAAUGGGCCACGAGUCCAAAGACGUCAGACUGAUAGCUUCCACCGUCUCAGAAAUCGAGAACCUUAUACCAUAUUUGCUUGAAUGCAAGUCACAAGGCGCGAGCAUCAAUGUUCUCUAUGGGCUACCAGUUGCCUUCUCUCACAUACCGCGCCUUGCAGCAGUUGCACGUGUACUAGGUGAAGGGGCUGUGGGACUCUUUGUCGAUCAUCCUCAGCAAGUGAAACAUCUCGCAAGCUUGGACAAUUCUAGCUGGCCAGGGUGCGUUCCUCUUCAUAUCAAGAUUGCCGCUCCAAUCCCACGAGCUGGUUUGCGCCCUGAAUCCGUCAGUAUUGAACCUUUGGUACGAGCAAUUGCACAGACGCCAAAAGUUCGCCUGGUCGGCGCUUACGCUCAUAUGGGCGAAAGCUAUGGAUCCAGUAGUCCACAGGAGGCUCUUGAAUUUCUCAUGAACGAGGUCAAAGAUGCACAGGUGGGCGCGGAUCAGAUUACACAGGCUCUGCCGAAGGACUCAACAGGCAGGCUUACGAUUUCACUUGGAGCAACGCCGACGGCUACGGCUGUCCAGAACGCUCUUGUCGAGACUGAGUGGAACCAAAAGUUCCGAACAUUUAUUGAGGAAGUCAAGAAGACGUACGAUGUCGAGAUACAUGCUGGUGUCUAUCCAGUAUUGGACAUGCAACAGCUUGCAACACGCGCUCGUCCCACCACUGUUGAUGGAAAACCGCUUCUAUCCAUGGAGAACCUAGGUCUACGUAUUCUGGUCGAAGUGGCAAGUACGUACGAUGAAAGAGAUAAGCCGGAGGCGUUGAUCGCCGCUGGCUCAAUAGUGCUCGCUCGAGAGCCAUGCAAGAGUUACCCGGGAUGGGGAGUAGUAACGCCUUGGACAGGUGGUUCAGCCCCUGCUGAAAGCUCAUCAGUAUAUGACCCCGAGGGAUCCAAGACAGGUUGGAUUGUCGGACGUAUUUCUCAAGAGCAUGGAAAUCUAACUUGGGAGGGACCAACGGACGGCAUGCGUAAACUCGAGAUUGGCGAGAAGGUGAUGAUAUGGCCCAAUCAUGCUUGUAUGGCUGGGCCGAACUUCGGUUACUAUGUCGUGGUCGAUGGCGAUAGUUCUGAGCCUGACAAGAUUGUAGACGUCUGGUCUCGCUGGCGAGGAUGGUAG